AUGGUUUCAAUGAAGAUUUAUAACGCUGACAGUAAAAAAGAUGUAAAAAUUGACGGAAACGUGACAACUGAUGAUGGAGGCGUCAUUACAGUCACAGGAUUAGAUAUUGAUGUUGGUAAGAACUAUAUUUCAUCUUCGCCUAAAGCAAUCAUUGAUUUUUACACUAAAUAUUUAGGUGAAACAGUUGAUAUAAGCAUUUCGAAAACUCCUCCAGAUCCCCGUAACAUUGAACGAAUUUGUCAAGAAUCGGUAGAAAUAUUUAAGUCUCAAGGAACAGUAAUUAAACUUACAGGUGCGUUUACGAUAAUAGGAGACAUUCAUGGCAAUUUGCAAGAUCUUUUAAACAUCUUUUCAAUAUUUGGACUCCCGCCAAAAACAAAAUAUAUGUUCCUCGGAGAUUAUGUUGACAGAGGACAGUAUUCUGUUGAAGUCAUUUCAUUGUUGCUUUCUCUAGUAUGCAAAUAUCCACAUCACGUUUACUUAAUCAGAGGAAACCACGAAUUUCAACAUAUUAACAAAGUAUAUGGUUUUUAUGAUGAAAUCAUGGCUAAAUAUAAUAACGGAGAAAUAUGGAAGACUUUUAAUACUGUUUUCAGCUAUCUUCCAUUAGCUUCAACAAUAAAUGAACAGAUUUUCUGUGUACAUGGUGGGUUAUCACCAUGA